AUAAAGUUAAAUAUCUAAUUGGCGUACCUAUCUAAUUAAAAUGAACCAGUAUAAUUUUAAUUCUCUUUAUGCACCAAACAUUUUCUCGAGUACCUAUAUGUCUAUCAAAUUCUUUCUAGAUGAAUUUUAAAUCUGCAAAAAAAAAGUUUAUUAUUACCUAGUAUUCUUGGAUGUUUUUCAAAAUGUUGCUGAAAUCUUUCUGUUUCCGAUUUUCGCUGAGAGCAGGCAGUAUAACUGUUGUGCUGAUUAUUAUUGUGUGUCAAAUUAUCGUGUGCAUUGACGCAGCUAUCGCACUAAGAAAAGACACAAAUCCUCUCAUUCUCAAUAUGAUCACAUUGAUUUCCGACCAAUAUAUCGAUGAAUUAUUGGAGACUACAGUAUUUUCGCUGUUUAUCACUGGCACAGCACUCUAUGGAAUUAUAAAAGUAUUCCAAACUAUUUUAUGCAUUGACAUAGGUGUUGCAUUAUUAAUAAGUGAUGAAAAUCGAGGCCUAAUUCUUUCUACGGUUCAACUCGUCACUCGAGAAAAUUCAAACAAAGUAUUAGAAGGAACUUUUUUGUCCACGUUUUUCUCCGGAACAGCUUUCUAUGGCAUCAUAAAGGGGAAGCCAAAAAAAAUAGAAAAAUACUUGAUGCUGCAAGUCCUUUAUCUAGCCUUGAUCGUGGGUGCCCUUGGUAAAAUAUUUUUUAUUGAUCCUUAUUUGGUGACGAUCGAAAAAUCGAAAACAGGAUCGAAUGAAGAAUUUGACAUUCCAACGAUAUGUGUGUUGGUUGCAAGUUUUGGUGUUUUGUCGUACUUCUUGCUGGUGGUUUUCUGUUACUAUCGAGAACUGAAACGUGAUUGUAAGCCAAAUACUCCUACUCCUAUUCCAUUAACGAAUCAAAGUCGAUGCAUGACGUCAACUAAUGCAAUUGGUUUUGUAUGAUUUU